UGGGACUGCAGUCUGCUUAGAACGACGACGAGGGCGACGGCGGAGCACAGCCGGCUACAGAAACCUCGCCUCAGCCGUUGGACUCUACUGGCAUAGUCGAAACUUCGGCUUUCUGUAUCACGUAUUUUCUUCGUUGCUUUCGGACUACAAAGUGAAAUCAAGAGCAGAAGAUUUGGCAAUCUCGAUGGCGUUUACGGCGUUAGCAAUUGAAUCGCCACCGUCCCACAUUAUUGUGCUUGGAUUUUUUAACGGAGCCCUUAACUCCCUCAAACGCGAUUUUUCUCGGAUGUUCGCCAUCUUGUAUGGCCGACCUAACAUUGAGGAGGCGGCUAGGUCUAACGAGGAUGAGGAUUCAUUCCCCUAUGCCAUUAAAAGUUUGAUGGAAACCGUCGAUGACAAUUGCGAGUUGAGAUCCUCGGAUUGUUUUUCAGAAAAGCACAAUUUUGAGGGCGAAGAAAAUCCGCGGGCUGUUUUCAACGUGUUGGACGCUCUGCUCAAGGGUAGCUUGGACCGUUUGAAAGCUAUGAGGGAAAGCAUAUCUUUAGCGAAGUUGGGUCUUCAGAAAUGCAUUUUGGAUGCCGUUCAGCCUGACUACACAUUCAUGGUUAGGGAUUUGUGUUUGAAAGGAAAGUUAGGAGCAGCUCUUUUGCUUCGCAGAAAGUUGAUAAGAGAAGGUUUUGUUGUUGAUUUACUUACACACAAUUAUCUUCUGAAUGGACUGUGCAUAAACUGUGAUAUGGAGAUCGCAGAGUCUCUUUUUAGGGAAAUGUUAGAAAUGGGUCCUUCUCCCAAUUGUGCCACAUACAACAUUAUUAUUAAGGGUUUCUGCCUUUGUAGGAAUAUGGAUAAAGCUCUUGACCUAUUUUAUACGAUGGCUAAUGGUGGUAUUAGGCCAAGUAGAAUCACUUAUAACAUACUUUUACAUGCAUUAUGCAAGAGAGGUCUCUUGGACGAUGCUUGGAAGCUCCUUGAAGAUAUCCUAGAUGAUGAUAUUAAGACAACGGACGAUGCAAUCACGUCAACUAUACUGAUGGAUGGUUGUUUUAAAAGUGGAGAUAUGAUGCAGGCUAUUGCUUUAUGGGAUGAGAUGGUUGAAAAGAAGACAAAGGUCGAUGCUGUUGCAUAUAAUGUUCUUAUUCACGGGCUUUGUUUGAAUCGAGACAAGAAAAUUGCACUUGGCUAUAUUGUUGAUAUGCUUAAGAGGGGUUUUCUUCCUGAUAUUUUUACUUACAACACUCUAAUCAGUGAUCUUUGUAAAGAGGGCCAAUUUGGCGAGGCGUACUAUAUCCAUGAUGUCAUGUCAAGAAUGGGUGUUUCUCCGGAUCAAAUUUCAUACAAAAUGAUUAUUCAAGGUCUAUGCAUUAGUGGAGAUGUUAUCAAAGCUAAUGAGUUUCUUCAUUCCAUGUUAGAAAAAUCAAUGGUUCCUGAGCCUCAUAUCUGGAACCUGAUAAUUGAUUGUUAUGGAAGGUAUGGAGAUUUAAGCAACGCGAUCUCCAUCAGGGAUCAGAUGUUGGCCACUGGUGUGCUACCAAACUUAUUUACGUUCAAUGCGUUGAUUCACGCACAAAUUAAAGGAGGUAACAUAUUUAAUGCUUAUUCUCUGAAAAAGGAUAUGGUUUUGUUGGGUCUUUUUCCAGACGUUGUUACUUAUAAUUUGUUGAUAAGUGGUGCUUAUAAGUGUGGACAAAUUCAUUUUGCACUUCAAUUAUAUGAUGAAAUGCUGCGAAAGGGAUACGAACCAGAUAAGAUAACGUACACCGAACUAAUAAGAGGUCACUGUAUGUGUGGUGAAAUGAAGGAGGCAGAAGAUCUAUUUCUCAAGUUGCAUGAAUCUGGUUUGCCAAUGGAUAUUGUUCCAUUUAAAGUUAUUUUUGAUAAGUACCGUAGAAUAGGAGAGCCUGACAUGGCAUUUAAGUUUUAUCAAAGGUGGAUGACAAUGAUGGCUUGAGGAGCUGUUUAACACAAAAUUAUUCAAGAUUACAGCACUACUAUUGCCAUUUUGGCUUGGAAUAAUAGGAGAUCGACGUAAGUUCUCAUUUACUGACCAAGCAACGAUUCGACCUUCUGUUUGUGGACAUUUCAGAUGUGUUCCUCCUCGAGGUUUGCGUCUAUGCUAUGCUUUGUACACUAUUUUGGAGUCUGUUGUCUUCUCAAUGUGCAUAACAUUGUCAUGAUUCCAAGAUUCAUGGAAAGCACAGCAGGAUAUCAAAGCGUUAAUAUCAUUGAAGCCAGGGCUCUCACCCUGAGCAGUAAUAUCACUGUUUUCACUGUCUUCACUGCUGUGUUAAGCACAGAUGGUGCAAGAAAUCCAACACCUUGAGCAGUAAGCAUCUAAGCGAGGAGCAGAUUCGGAAAGUGUUUCGGAGAUGAAUUAUAAGCUGUUUGGCUCCUAUUGUAGGAAACAUCAUUGAUGGAUAAGACUCAAAACUGUGGCACAAGUGUAUGCCUGGCCUAAUUGUGAAGGUCGGGCUCUAUAAUGAGUAUGCUGCCGGGAUUGUGAUUGAGGAGUUUGGGGCACGCCAUAACGUGACCCGUAAUUGAAUGCAGUAACUUUCACUUAUACAAUGCAAAGUGGUGGAGCUACUCCUUAUU